ACCUAAUUUGGUAUCACUACGUCUACGUGUUGCCUCACUCUUCUCCUAAAGUACAUUUUCUUGCAACUGCACUUACAAUCUUACACUCCCCGCAAUUUCUCCACAUUUGAUAAAAAUCUAUACUGUUUUUCUCUCGUACUCGUAAUUCUGUUCAGGGUUGUCCUGUUUAAAGUACUGAGUAUACAAUUCUCAAUCUGUUGGGUUACCUUGUAUCUUUUCAGGGUACAAAAAUGGUUGUCCUUGCAGUUGCCUUCACAAAUAAAUUUGGAAAAGCACUUGUCUCGAGACAGUUUGUAAAUAUAUCCCAGAUAAGACUUGAGGGGUUCUUUGCAGCUUUUCCGAAACUGAUUGGAACAGGAAAGCAGCACACCUAUGUUGAGACUGAGGAUGUUCGCUAUGUCUAUCAACCGAUAGGAACCUUUUAUUUGAUUCUCAUUACAAGUAAGCAGAGUAACAUUGUGGAAGAUUUGGAGACUCUGAGGAUGCUUUCAAAGGUUACAUCCUUAGUGUUCACUUUGGUACCUGAAUAUGUACCUUUUAUAGACGAGGAAGAGAUUUGUGAGAGGGCUUUUGAGCUAAUAUUUGUAAUUGACGAGGUCAUCUCAAUGGGGCUCAGAGAAAAUGUAACGGUGGCACAGGUUAGACAGUUUUGUGAGAUGGUAAGUGAGGAAGAGAUGUUUCACAAAAUUAUGUUGCAGAUCAAAAUAAAAGAAACAUAUAACAUCAUGAAGCUCAAAGCUAGUAAGAUCGAUAAGAGCAAGGCUGAUAGGAAUAGAGGUGGAAGAGGAAGUUCUAUGUCUCUACAAUCAAUGGGACCUGGAGAAAUUGAACAUAUCUUGAGCGAUCCUAGCAUAUCAAGUAGCAACGAUGGAUUUAGCAUUGCUUCUGGGCCUUCAGCGUUUAAUUCGAGCACGUAUCUGGACUCAUACUUUAGCAACUCCAAAGCUGCUACUGCUCCAUCUAAGGGUCAAGGGAUGCAGCUUGUGAAGAAUCAAAGGAUUAAUCAGUUCUUGCAAUCCUUGAAAGCUGAAGGUGAAGAAAUUACUGAGGACGUACAGCCAAGUUUAAUUAAAUCGAGGGCCACUGCUCCACCACCCUCUAAUCCAGUUUCACUAAUUGUUGACGAGAAGCUUUGCGUGACACUUAAAAGUGAUGGAGGGCUUGCUAAUUUUGAUGUUCAAGGGUUCUUGUCACUUCAAAUCCUCGAUGAGAAAGAUGCUUAUCUACAUGUUCAGGUUGAGUCUGCAAAGAAUCCAAGCAUAGUGUUCAAAACACAUCCAAGUAUCAACAAAGAAUUGUUUUCCAGUGAGAACACUUUAGGGCUCAAAGAUCCUAAUAGGCCCCUUCCUACUUGCCAAUCCAGUGAUGGUGUUAGCCUUUUGAGGUGGAGGAUGCAGAGUUUGGAUGAGUCCGCCCUCCCUUUCACAAUAAGCUGCUGGCCUAGUGUCUCUGGGAAUGUAACUGAUGUUAGCAUUGAGUAUGAAGCUUCACCUAAGUUUGAUCUUCAAAAUGUUAUUAUAUCAGUGCCUCUUCCAUCAAUCAGAAAGGCUCCAAAUGUGAGGCAUAUUGAUGGUGAAUGGAGGUAUGAUUUGAAGACUUCAGUAUUUGAAUGGUCCAUAUUAUUAAUUGAUAACUCCAAUCGUGUUGGAUCAGUGGAGUUCUCUGUCCCUGCGGCAGAUCCAUCAACCUUUUUCCCCAUCUCUGUGCAGUUCACGACUACGAAUACAUUCAGCGGAUUAAAGGUUGUUAAUAUCAUGCCACUAAAAGGAGGUUCUACGCCCAAAUUUGUUCAGAGAGCAAUGCUUUGUGCAGAUUACACAUUGGUGUGACGACGCCAAAGUUAUAUCACCAGGCUUUCUGCAUAAGUACAUACUGCUAGCCCGUCAAUUUUGUUUGUUCUCGUUCCUUGUGAAUAGCUCGCCCACUGCACCAACUAUGACUUCUUAAAUGAUUUCUUCAGCACAAAGUAUUGCAAAGUAGCAAAUGACUUUUGAGUUGUAGAAUUUUUUGGUCAAUGAACUUUCUUUCUUAAGCUGUAAUUAGCUCGAUCAAUCUUGAUGUAAAAAGAAAAAUACUUGAUUUUUUGUUUUGGACGGGUCAUAUUCCUAUUUUGGGUUGGUUCAAAAUCAUGAUCCACUUUCUAAAUUUAGUUCAGAAAGCUCACAUUGAGGCGGCCUUAAAGAUAACCUUAUGAGUUAUGUAAGUAAAAAGUUGCAUAAAAGUAAGAUGAAUCUAAUAUAUUAUUAUUAUUAUUAUUA